GACUCACUACUCGCAUAUUACAAUCGCCGGCGAAUAAAAUUCUCUACUUUCUCACCGCCGGCAGGCUCACGAACUGCCAGAAAGCGGAUGAAAGAACUGGAGGCAACCAGUCGAGACCCCCAUUCACGAUCGAUGCUGCCGGGAAAAAAUCGCCUCGCUCUUGUCUACGUCCUCACCUCUUUUCUCGCGGUGGCUGAAAGCUCCGGCGUCGGGAUUUCAACGCAGUAUCCUUUAGUAGUGAGCACUUGGCCAUUCAGAGAAGCAGUCAGAGCUGCUUGGAGGGCCGUUGACUCUGGCCUUUCCGCCGUCGAUUCUGUUGUGGAGGGUUGUUCUACUUGUGAAGCCUUGAGGUGUGAUGGCACAGUGGGGCCUGGUGGGAGUCCUGAUGAGAAUGCAGAAACCACAAUUGAUGCCAUGAUCAUGAAUGGGGUGACCAUGGAGGUGGGAGCUGUUGGUGCCAUGAGAUAUGUAAAAGACGGGAUCAAAGCAGCUAAAUUGGUGAUGCAAUACUCGAAGCAUACUUUCCUUGUUGGAGAGCAGGCUUCAGUUUUUGCUAUUUCAAUGGGUCUCCAAGGGCCGACCAACCUCAGUUCAUCGGAGUCCAUAGAGAAGUGGAGUAACUGGAAGGAUAAUGGUUGCCAACCCAAUUUCAGGCGGGAUGUGAUACCUGCAAAUGGUUGUGGUCCUUAUCGUGCUAGGGACAGUGUAGGCAGUAAAAAGGUCGGGUGUUCCCAGUCCGGCUCAGUGGAAGAAACUGAAUCAAGAUCAUGUCUUGUUGGGCCUCACAACCAUGACACCAUAUCAAUGGCUGUUGUCGACAGAAUGGGACACAUAGCCGCUGGUACGUCAACUAAUGGAGCCACUUUUAAGAUCCCUGGCAGGGUUGGAGAUGGACCCAUUGCAGGAUCUGCAGCCUAUGCAGAUAGUGAAGUAGGAGCUUGUGGUGCUACUGGCGAUGGAGACAUCAUGAUGCGCUUCCUUCCUUGCUACCAAGUUGUGGAAAGUAUGAGACGAGGCAUGAAACCUAAGCUAGCUGCUGACGAUGCAAUUUCGCGAAUCGCAAGAAAGUUCCCUGAUUUCGUGGGAGCAGUGUUCGCAGUAAACAAGAAUGGAGUCCAUGCUGGAGCUUGCCAUGGAUGGACGUUCCAGUAUUCGGUCAGGAGUACUCAUAUGAAAGACGUGGAAGUUUUCACAGUGUUGCCCGAUCAAAAACCGACCUUCUGAACUCAGCAGCUCCUCUGGCUUUGUUCUUCCAAAACACCUUCGUUCACUCUCCACCAGAAGCUUGUCUCUUGAUGUGACCAACAGCGUUGUCCCCGUCCUUAUUAUGUUUGUUCAAACAUUGGAUCGAAAUAGUGUAUUCACUUCACGCAUCUGAUUGUGGUCUCAUUGUACAUUGCCAGACAAAUAUUGCAAUUAGAAGUUUACACAAGUCAAGUUGCAGUGCCAAUGUUUUCACAAUUAUUUAUCUAUUCUUACUCAGUUACUCGUAGGAAAAAAAAAAUUGGGAAAAAAUUAGUUGUCUAGAUAGUAAGUGUAUGAUUAUGAAUAACAAGGUUAUGCAUAGUAUCCUCUGUGAACACACCCAAACUACAAAGGAGCAGAUUCUAUGCAUAACAUUGUUAUGCAUAACUCUAUAGUUAGCAGUUAUGAGAGACAACUAGUUUGUUCCCAAUCAAUUUUAGCGGGCUAUAUAUUUUUUAAUUUAAGUCGUAAUUUAAUUUUUUGAAUAGAUAAAUUAGAUUAAUUAUGCUCUUCAAAAUUAUAUCCACUUCGAUAUGAUUUGAAAAAAAUUCUGAUAUUUAUUACCAGUUUAUACCAUAGUGGUAAUGCUUAGUAGUAUAUAGGGGUGCUAAUCAGUUCGGUUCGGUUAAUCACUAACCAAUAUGAGGGUUGGCGAUUAACCAAUAAGCAAAAACCAUUUACCAAUGACCGAACCGAUAAGUCUUAAUCAAUCUUAUUCAUCCAAUUAGAGAGUACCAACUAGCAUAAAAUAAAAAGUAAUCAAACUUAUUCAUCCAAUUAGCGAGUGCCAACUAGCAAGAUCAAACACAAGCCCCACAAGAUCAUCAUCAUUCACAAACAUCAAAGAAAAAAAAGAUCACUAGGGUGUGAGGUUCGCUCUGUUGAUUGCAAAGGGGAGUUUGAGAGGGGUGACUUUUGGGUUCUGACUUUUAAACACAUUUGAGACUCUUGGUGGAGGGUUGUUUGCAAUAGGUGGGAAUUGAGUGUUUGGAAUUGCGAGUUUGGUUGGUUUUGAAUCUUGAAACAUUUCCCUUUAGCCAAAAGUCCAAAACUAUGUGGUUAUGCACUUAUACUAGUAGGUGUUCUUCCCGCUCACUGAUCACGAUCAGUCAUUUUAACUUUAUUGGUUAACCACUAAUCGAGUAGCUGGUUAGCGGUUAAUCACUAAGCAAAAUAUUACUAACCAACAGCAAACUAAUAAGAGAUUAUCGAUUAUCGGUUAACCACUAACCGUUUUUAUCUGUUCGGUUAUCAGUUAAAAUCGAUAUGUAUACCACCCCUAGUAAUACAUAAGAUUAUACCAAGAUGAUAUGAAUAUACAAUAUUGUAGAAUGGUUGUGUACACGAUAAUAUGAAUACACUAAGUGUCAAUUACCACCGUCAUUCACCAGUUAUCACCCUAUACUAGGGUGAUAUAUUUGUUCCUGAAAUUCCCCCAUAAAUUUUUAGAUCCAAUAGAUCGUGAUGAACUCGUUUCUUCUCGACAAAUAUUUUUAAAAUUUGAAUGAAAAAUGAAGGCGGUGCAGAGAAUCUAUCAGGUGGUACCAGAGUAGUAAUGAGUGGUAUCAGUAGUGCGAAAACUUUUUAUUUAAAUAUAUUAACAAUAGAUAU